CGCCUGUAGAGCAGCAGCACCAGCAGGAGGAGGAGGAGGGAAAAAGUUGAGAGAACUUUUGGUGGAAAGUUGCCUGGUUCAGUUCUGACCGAGGUGAGAGCCAGGGUUAGCGCGUAACUGCUGCUGCUGCUGCUUGGACGGAGAAGAUGGCGCGGUGCAGCGGCCGUGCCACGUCUCGGUCAUAUAGGAAAAUGCAAGGACAUGCAAAAAUGACAAUGUUUGCAGUUUUUAGCAUCUUGUCUCUGUUUUUUCCCUCGAGUACGGAGGCUGGGCUGUACACCGCUACUGACCAGAUCAUAUUGCUAACUCCUGAGACUGUUGAGUCCGUUUUGGUCAACUCCACAGCCGCGAUUGUUGUGGAGUUUUACGCUUCGUGGUGCGGACAUUGCGUCGCAUUUUCAACCACUUACAAAAAUUUGGCAAGAGAUAUUAAAGAGUGGAAACCAGCUGUGGACCUGUCCGCCAUUGACUGCGCUGAUGAAAGUAACAGGAAAGUUUGCACCAACUACAGCAUCAGAGGCUACCCCACUCUAAAGUUUUUCAAUGCCUAUUCAAAGGCAGACUCUAAAGGACAGUCAUUACGAGCUCAUCGUGAUGUUCGAGGUCUUCGUCAGGCAAUAAUAGAUAAACUAGAAAAGCAUGAGGAGCCAUGGCCCCCUGCCUGCCCCCCACUGGAGCCCACCAGCAAAGCAGAAAUUGAUAGUUUCUUCGAGACCAAUAAUGUCCAACACUUAGCUCUGAUCUUUGAGGACUUAAAGUCUUACAUUGGCAGAGAGGUGACACUGGACCUGCUGCAGUUUGAGAACAUAGCAGUGAGGAGAGUCUUGAACACGGAGGAAGCUCUGGUGUCUGAACUGGGUGUGACGGACUUUCCAUCCUGUUACCUCUACUAUCCAGGAGGCAAUUACACACAACUCAAAGUAAAAUUUCAGGCCCGUACUUUUUACUCCUACGCCCUCCAGAGGCUGCCAGGAGUAGAGCGUUCAGGAAAGCCAACCCCAAAUAAAGUCAACCUCAAGAGCAACAAUACAAAUGAGCCAUGGAGACAUUUCAAUGCGUCUAGGGUGUACAUGGCAGAUUUGGAGUCUGCACUGCACUACUCACUGCGGGUUGAAGUGUCUGCUUACCCUGUUAUCAGAGGAAAGGACCUAAAUUCUCUGAAGAAGUACAUUUGUGUCCUGGCAAAGUACUUCCCAGGCCGCCCUGUUGUAAUGAACUCAUUAAGGUACAUUGACUCUUGGCUUCAAAACCAGUAUGGCAACGAGGUGUCUUAUGAUGCCUUCAGAGCAGCCCUGGAUAACACAGCACAGGCCCCAGACACAGCGUUACCUGAAGGGGUGAGGUGGGUGGGUUGCCAGGGGUCCCAGCCACACUUCAGGGGGUAUCCAUGUGGAGUGUGGACCCUCUUCCAUGUGCUCACAGUUCAAGCCAUCAACUCCAGGGCAUCAGAUGCCCUGGAGGUGCUGACUGCCAUGAGGGAGUAUGUGCGUACAUUCUUCGGCUGCAGAGAGUGUGCACAGCACUUUGAGAGCAUGGUCCGUGAGAACCUGUUCGAUGUCUCUACUUCCUCGUCUGCAGUCAUCUGGCUCUGGUCAAGGCACAACUGGGUCAAUAACAGAUUGGCAGGCGCAUUAAGUGAGGACCCUUACUUCCCAAAGAUCCAGUGGCCAUCUCCUGAGAUGUGUCCACUGUGCCACACAGUCAAACUCAAUGGAGACCACAAGUGGGAUCUGGAUCAGGUGCUUCCCUUCCUCACAUCAUACUUUUCCAAUAGCAGCAUUCUCACAGACUUUCUUGAUGACGAAAGCAUAAUCCUUGAAAAACAAAGAGAAAAACAGGCUUCUGAGGCCAAGAAACGCCUUGGAAGAGAAGUCAAAGAGGCCACAACAGUGAAUCCUCUGUCUUUACUUCCUACUAUCCAAGAAGAGGAAGAGGAGGAGGAAGAAGAGGAAGAAGGUCCACAGGAUGAAGCUGUUGCAGAGGACAUGGCGGGUGGUAAAAACUAUGACACUACUCCCUGGGUCAAACCUGACAUGGGGCUGGGCGAGAGACGGCAAAAACGGGCACACAGUAGACCUGUAAUUGUCGGCAUGAGAAUGAAACCGCAACCAGAAGAUAUAGUGGAUCUCGACUCUUUUGUAAACCAGCACUACAGGGCUAAGGCUCUCGCUGCCUCCAGUCGAGUUAAACGGCGAACACUGCAGAGAAAGGAGGAACAGGAACCAGUGCCCAUAUUUGGACUUGGGCUGGGACUAGACUCUGGCCUGGGUAUGGUUGGCCUGGAGCCUAUGGAGCCUGAGUUUGAGAACCAGAAAAGAAAACAUCUACAGAAGCGAGAGUUGUCACAUCAGGUUUAUAAUGUCAAAGAAGGGGAGAGCCACAGAAUUGGAUGGGUGUCUAUGUUUAGUGUAGGCUUUUCCAAAGUGGACAUAAGCCUCUGUGUCAUCCUCUAUUUCCUGUCUUCAGUGUGUCUCCUGACCAUGUACUUGUUCUUUAAAAACCGGCUAAGGAUACGACGACCAAAAGUGUCUCAACUAUGAACUAAUUGUGGAAAAUCAAGAAUGAUCAUUUGCAUUUAGUUCGCAAUUGGUUCACAUUACAGUCUGGUGUCAGGCUAAGGGGAUGACUGUAGAUUAGCAGCUCCUAAGCUCACUACUUAAACGUUGCCUCCUACCACAUUAACCAUUGCCAUCCACGUUUCCAGGUUAAAUGAAUGCAGCUUUUUAACAAGUCCUCCGGACCAGAAGAUUCAGUUUGACCACUUAACUGUGAGGAAUUAUGAAACUAUGACAGGACAUUUGUAUUGUAUUUUAGAUUUUUUUUUUUUAGAUUAAUUUAACCUCACACUUUCAGCUCUAAAAUUGAUCAGUAAUUUAUUUAAGAAGGUACGUCUUAGAAUGUUUUGUCAAAUCAAUGUUUAAAGCGAUUGAUUAUAAGAUAUGUUGUUUUAGUCUUUUAUAGUCAAUGUUUAGAGGAGAAUCACAGUCCAUAGAUAUACAAUAAGCACAAAACUGUUUCCAGUAGUAGUUUUUUGUAUAUUGAUCAGACUUUACAUUGUGACCACUUACCUAUUAUUACUGGUAGAAUUGUUUGUGGUUGAUUGAUCUGUAUUUCAACUGGUCUAACAGUCCAAUAGUCCAUCUUUUAUGGGGUAACUAAAAGGAUGGAACGCCACCACUUUAAAUAUUACAUCAUACACAACACUGGGCACACUUUAAAGAAACUAUUUGUAAUUAUUGGGUGACUCCCUGCAUUCUCACAUAACACCACUAGAUGCUACCUACAUUACUGCUGUCUGACAUAAACCAAAAAUCUACCAAAAAAACUUGUAGAUGGUAACACUUUCUCACCAAAUCAAUAAAAUUAUUUUUGAUAAAGACCCUUUCUAGGCUGUCAUCUUUAGGUGUAAGCCCCAAAGAAGGCUGCAAUUUGAUCAGUUUGUUUUGGUAUUUCCAUUUUACUUUGAUGCUUUGAGUGUCCAAAAUAUUUUUAUUGGUGAUUGGAUUUAAAUUUGGGAAUAACAAAUUUGUGUUUUUUGUUUUGAUGAAGAUCAUUGAGGCACGAGUGUACCAGGGUGCUGUAUGUAUAAAAUGGGGGGUUAAACUAUCCAAGGUUGAAGGAAAAAGCCUGUUGCCAUCUGCUGUUCUGCACAAACUAAAUCCUAACAAUUUCAUUGGGAUUAUAGCAAGUGAAUAAUCCAGCUUUCCUUUAGGGGAAGAGAUUACCCUUGAGGAUUAGCUCCCUGCAGAUAAUAAACUUUAUUAAAACGUAAUCAGCUUUGGUGGGCCUUCUUCCCUCACACACUUGGAGGUGGGCACAGCAGCCCUCAGGGACUGGUCCAUGUUACUACU